AUGGUAGAAGAACAGGAAAAGCCGUUUCCGAAUGGCUCAACACCAUCCACACAAUCAAAUACCUCGGACACGGACUCGAUACACGAAACCCAGUCCAUACGUCAGAAUGAUCAAGACAAUCACCCCAAUCGCUUGCACUUGGUCCGCAGUUAUGCUUCUGGAUACUCAGGGUUCGCACCGCAAACUGAAUAUGCAGAUAUCAAUUUGAAGCAUACCACGACCGGAGCCACCUUAGGCUCAACAACCACAGCAAAUGACCCAGCCUUUGAAGUAGAUUGGGAAGACAACGACCCGGAGAAUCCCAGGAAUUGGUCCAUGGCGUACAAGAGUUUCGUCGUCUUCGCCAUGAGUUACAGCACCACCGUCACAGUCCUCUUCUCCACCUCCUACACCGUCACCAUAGCAUCCUUGGAACGCGUCUUCGAUGUAGGCCAUCUCACUGCUCUCCUAGGCUUAACAACCUAUCUCAUCGGCAUGGCCGCCGGCUCCACCGUCCUCGCCCCCCUCAGCGAAAUGUACGGUCGCCGUCCCGUUUACAUCUUCUCCACCGCCAUUUUCGUCCUCUUGAUUCUGCCUUGCGCGUUGGCCAAGAAUAUCGAAUCGCUGUUGAUCCCGAGAUUUUUUGGCGCUUUUGCCGCCGCGAGUUUGGUGUCCAAUGCGCCGGGUAGUAUUAAUGAUAUUGUGGUUGAAGAGUAUAGAGCGUUGGCGUUCAGUAUUUGGGCUAUUGGGCCUUUGAAUGGGCCUGUGGUGGGGCCGAUUAUCGGCGGCUUCACAUAUCAAUAUCUGGGAUGGCGAUGGACUAAUUGGCUAGUCAUGAUUCUAGCCGGUGUCGCAUUCGCUUUCGUUGCUAUCGUCAAAGAAACAUAUGGACCCACGUUAUUGAGAAAAAGAGCCGCGAAGAAGAGAAAAGAAACAGGAGAUCCGCGAUGGUGGUCCCGCUUCGACGAAAAGAAGGCUUUCCUUCCCCUCCUAAAAGUAAACCUAUCCAGACCUUUUGUAUUGAUGGUCACGGAACCGAUCUGCAUCUUCUGGGACGUCUACGUGGCAAUCGUCUACGGCACCCUAUACCUCUCCUUCGUCGCCUACCCGAUAGUAUUCCAGCAACAACGCGGCUGGUCACCCGGCCUAGGCGGCCUAGCCUUCUGCGGCAUAGGAAUAGGAAACCUCCUAACCAUCCUGCUGGAACCCGCCUGCCGCCGCCUGAUAAACUCCCACGCAAAAGACCCAGAAACCGGAGAUAUACCCCCAGAAGCCAUGGUCAGUGUAAUAUGCAUCGCGGCCGUCAGUCUCGCGGCAGGGGAAUUAUGGUUCGCGUGGACCUGCACACCCAAUAUCCAUUGGAUCGUGCCGAUAUUGGCGGGAGUGCCAUUCGGCGCGGGUAAUGCCGGUGUGUUUAUUUACAGCAACAACUACCUCGUCCACAGUUAUUCAGUCUACGCCGCCUCCGCACUCGCCGGCAACGCCGUCCUGCGCAGUAUAAUGGGGGCAGUCCUCCCCCUCGCCGGUCCCGCCAUGUACGCCUCCCUAGGCAGCAAUUGGGCCGGCUGCACGCUCGGUCUCAUCGAAAUGGCAUGCGUGCCAAUCCCUGUAGUCUUUUACUUGUACGGCAAGAAAAUUCGGGCCAAAAGCUCACUCAUCAAGCAAUUGCAAGAGGACAAACGCAGAGCGGAUGAGAAGAAAGAACGCUUCCUCAGGAAAAUGGAAAGGGAAGCUAUCAAAAGGGGGGAUGCGGAGGCCAGUGUGGGUGGAGUGGCGAAAACUGGAGCUGCGGUGGCGGAAGAGAGGGAUGUUGAAAAGGGUGCUUAA